AUGAGCUGCAACCCCUCCAUCGGCGGCUUGGGCAAAGGAACGCUCGCGCGCGAGGUCGACGCGCUCGAUGGUUUGAUGGCGCGCGCCGCGGAUGGGGGAGGCAUUCAGUUUCGGAUGUUGAAUUCGAGCAAAGGCCCGGCGGUUCGAGGGGCGCGGGCGCAGAUGGAUCGCGAGUUGUACAAGGGAGAGAUACAACGGUUGGUGAGCGCCGUCGGCGGCUUGGACGUCGUCGACGCGGCGGUGGUGGACUUAGACAUUGACCACGCGAGCGAUGGAUCGCGAGGAGUGAUGCGAGGGGUAGUUUUAGACAAUGGGCGCACGUUGCGCGCGAAAUCAGUGGUGAUCACGACUGGGACGUUUUUGAACGGCGUGUUGCACAUCGGCUCCAAGCGCGUCGUCGCGGGAAGACUCGCAAACGAUACCACGCAACAGGCAGAUUUAAAAGCGGGCGAGGCGGCGCACAGCUUGGCGCGAACACUUUAUGGUAUAGGUUUUAAGAUGGGACGCAUGAAGACCGGGACACCGCCGAGAUUGGAUGGGAAGACGAUUGAUUGGUCCGCGUGCGCGCCUCAACCAGGGGACGCAGUCCCGGUCCCUUUUGCGUUCACCUCGUCGAGUCGACCGGUGCACGCGGAGGCGUGGAAACCACCCGCUCGGCAAAUAAUGUGCCAUAGCACGUAUACAACGUCGGAGACUGAAAAGUACAUCGCGGCAGCGCCUAAGUCAAAGUACGAGCUCGACGACGUCGAAUCGCCGACGACGCCGAGAUAUUGUCCAUCCAUCGAGUCUAAAGUGAGAAGAUUUCCAGGGCGCACCCAUCGAAUUUGGCUCGAACCGGAAGGUUUAAACACCGAUGUCGUUUAUCCGAAUGGAAUCACGAAUAAUCUAGAACCCGAAUUGCAGAAAGAAAUGGUUCGCACCAUUCCCGGUUUGGAAAACGCCGUGAUACUCAGCCCCGGAUACGGCGUCGAGUACGAUUACGUGGAUCCGCGAGAAUUGCGAAUAACGUUGGAGACGAAGCGCAUACAGGGUUUGUUCUUAGCGGGACAGAUCAACGGCACGACUGGAUACGAAGAAGCCGCGGCGCAGGGCGUCAUCGCUGGAGCCAAUGCGGCGAGCGUCGACGGCGAAGAAUUUGUCGUACCGCGAUACUCUAGCUACCUCGGCGUUCUCGUGGAUGAUUUGACGAGCAGAGGCACGAGCGAGCCAUACCGCAUGUUCAGCUCGCGCGUGGAGUAUCGGUUGAGCAUUCGUUCCGACAACGCGGAUCUGCGUCUCACAGAACUCGGCGAACGGUACGGCGUCGUCUCCGCGGAGCGCGCUCGCGCGGCGGCCAGACGACGCACGUUGGUCGAACAAGCCGGUGGUGCACUCGACGCGAUCACGCUCAUACCAUCUCGAUGGCAAGCGUACGCGCCGGACCUACCGAUCGCCAAGCACGGUCGACAUCUCAGCGCGUCCAAUAUGUUGGCGCAAGGUUGGGACGUCGACAAAAUUCUCCGCGUCGUCGCGGACGUCCUCGGUCCUUUGGAUCCGCACGUGCGAGCGCUGCGUUCUGUAAACGAAGAAGAUCGAAGCGCGUUCGAGUGCGCGGCGAUCGAGGCGUAUUACAAACCGUACAUCGAGCGCCAGGCGCAGGAUAUCGACGACAUGCGCCGCGAGGAAGAGCUCGCGAUUCCGGAAACCUUUGAUUACUCCGCCAUCGACAAUUUAUCUCUCGAAGAUCGAGAAAAGCUCGAGGCGGUGCGCCCGACGACGUUCGCGCGCGCGAGUCGAAUCUCCGGCGUCACCCCCGCGGCGCUACUCUCGCUCCUCCGAGUCGUG